UUUAAACUGAAGCACUCCCCAGCAAAAAAGAUUCUUUUACAGUGACUUAUAUAGUCAUGGAUCUGGAUAAACCAUCUGUCUGGGGUUCAUUGAAGCAGAGAACAAGGCCUUUGUUACUCAACUUAAGCAAGAAGAAAGUGAAGAAAAACUCAGACAAAACUCUGGACUUAAGAGAAAGUUGUCGUUUGGAUAGACGACUGAGUUUGUCAGUACCUGACAUACUGGAGGCUGGGGCUUUGGCUCAAGAUGGGCAUUCUUAUUCAGGGCAUCAGGCCUCGUUCACAUCUGUACCUCAUGGUCUUUCCACUGCUGGGAUGUCUCUCAAGAGCAGCAGUAGUUCCUUGAAACAAUCUGAAGAAGACUCUGAAUGGAUCCAGGAGGAGGUAGCCCAUUAUGGUGUAGCUGAAACAGUUUCUGAAGACAUGUAUGCUUCUGUAUUGGAGGAAAGGAGGGCAUCUAGUGAUGGUAUCUUUGAGGUACUUCAGAAGACAAAUCUGGCUGGUGAUAUAGUAGAAGAAACAGAGAAUCCAAGUGGAUCUAGUGAUUUGGAUACUUCAAUGACCUCCCAGCUUUUUGAAGAGCAAUCUACUCUAGAAGAAGCAGGAGAUUGCUUAAGUAAUCUCCCCAGCCCUUUUGCUUACCUCCUCACCAUACACCUGAAAGAAGGCAGGAACCUUGUCAUUAGAGAUCGCUGUGGUACAAGUGAUCCAUAUGUGAAAUUUAAGCUGAAUGGCAAGACCUUAUACAAAAGCAAAGUCAUAUACAAGAACCUGAACCCAGUUUGGGAUGAGAUAGUUAUAUUGCCAAUACAAAGCCUUGAUCAAAAGCUGCGAGUUAAGGUAUAUGAUCGAGAUCUAACUACAUCUGACUUUAUGGGUUCUGCCUUUGUAGUCCUUAGUGACCUUGAGCUUAAUAGAACGACUGAACAUAUUUUAAAAUUGGAAGACCCAAACAGUUUAGAAGAGGACAUGGGGGUUAUUGUUUUAAAUCUAAAUCUGGUAGUCAAACAAGGUGAUUUCAAGAGAAAUAGAUGGUCAAAUCGGAAGAGGUUAAGUGCAAGUAAGUCCUCUUUGAUACGUAACCUGCGACUUUCAGAAUCCUUGAAGAAGAACCAACUCUGGAAUGGAAUUAUUAGUAUUACUUUAUUGGAAGGGAAGAAUAUUUCUGGAGGAAGUAUAACAGAGAUAUUUGUCCAAUUAAAACUAGGAGAGCAGAAAUAUAAGAGCAAGACACUGUGUAAGAGUGCAAAUCCUCAAUGGAGGGAACAGUUUGAUUUUCACUACUUCUCUGACAGGAUGGGCAUAUUGGACAUUGAGGUGUGGGGAAAGGAUUACAAAAAGCAUGAGGAACGUUUGGGGACGUGCAAAGUGGAUAUUGCAGCCCUCCCACUCAAGCAAGACAAUUGUUUAGAGCUGCCGCUGGAGAAUCGUCUUGGCUCACUGCUUAUGCUGAUCACACUUACACCCUGUUCAGGGGUCUCUGUCUCUGAUCUCUGUGUCUGCCCGUUGGCAGACCCCAGUGAAAGAAAGCAGAUUUCCCAACGCUUUUGCUUAUGGAAUUCCCUGAAAGAUAUGAAGGAUGUUGGCAUUUUACAAGUGAAAGUUUUAAAGGCAUUAGAUCUCUUAGCUGCAGAUUUCUCAGGAAAGAGUGAUCCUUUUUGCUUAUUAGAAUUGGGAAAUGACCGACUUCAGACACAUACAGUGUACAAAAACCUCAAUCCUGAAUGGAACAAAGUUUUCACAUUUCCUAUUAAAGAUAUCCAUGAUGUUUUGGAAGUGACAGUAUUUGAUGAAGAUGGAGAUAAGCCCCCUGAUUUCCUUGGGAAAGUUGCCAUCCCCUUGCUGUCUAUUAGAGAUGGGCAGCAAAGUUGCUAUGUACUGAAGAAUAAAGAUUUAGAACAAGCUUCAAAAGGAGUUAUUUAUUUGGAGAUGGAUGUCAUAUAUAAUCCGGUAAAAGCAAGCAUCAGGACCUUUAUGCCCAGAGAAAAGCGCUUUGUAGAAGAUAGCCGCAAACUUUCCAAAAAGAUUUUAUCAAGGGAUGUUGAUCGUGUGAAAAAAAUUACUAUGGCAAUAUGGAAUACAGUACAGUUUCUUAAAAGUUGUUUCCAGUGGGAAUCUACAUUGAGGAGUAUAAUAGCAUUUGUGGUGUUUCUGGUCACUGUCUGGAAUUUUGACCUGUACAUGAUCCCCUUGGGUUUAUUGUUGCUCUUUGUUUAUAAUUUCAUCAGACCCAUGAAAGGAAAGGUCAGCAGUGUCCAAGAAAGCCAGGAAGGCACAGACAUAGAUGAUGAUUAUGAUGAAGAUGAUAAGGAAUCUGAGAAAAAAGGUUUCAUUGAAAGAAUCUACAUGGUCCAAGACAUUAUUACUACUGUUCAAAAUGUCUUGGAAGAAAUGGCAUCUUUUGGAGAACGAAUUAAAAACACGUUUAACUGGACAGUCCCAUUUCUCUCUGCACUGGCCUGUUUAGCACUGGCAGCAGCCACCAUUAUUUUGUACUUCAUACCCCUGCGCUACAUCAUUUUAAUAUGGGGAAUAAAUAAAUUUACUAAGAAGCUUAGAAAUCCCUAUGCCAUCGACAAUAAUGAGCUACUAGAUUUCCUCUCCAGGGUACCAUCUGAUGUUCAAAAGGUGCAGUAUGCUGAAUUGAAACCAUACAGCAACCACAGUCCCCUUAGGAAGAAGCGGAGUGCUCUCUAGGACACAUACAGACUUUGGAAUGUAGCAUCUUUUGGGGGGUUUGGUUUAGACCAGCACUAAAACCAUAUUGCCCAUAUAGUCAUUCUGGAAGGGCAUAUUUAUUUCACAUUCUCCCAACUCUUUCCUGUAGGGACUCAUGGAGUAUUGGCACUAGAGGGGGGGUGGGGGUUGCACAGAGGGUCAGCCCAAUUGGAGGAGGCAAUCCAGAGAAUGUGCACAACUGUUCCAUUCUCAGAAGAACUGGAGUAAGACCUUCAGUAUCAUGGCUUCCCUGUUGGAGAAUGCCAAUGGCUAGUUUGUCCAAAAACAUUGUCUAGACUUCUUGGACUCAGGAGAAAUUUUGGCAUGCUUCCAACAGAUUUACCGUUAAGAUUUGAGAGCUCUUUUUCCAUCUUCCUUUAGAUCAUUGUUCAUUUAAAGGUUUUUGUUCUAACUUCUGAUCUUCUCAAAUAAUGUAUGAUUUAAAAACAUGUAUCUCAUGAUGACCAGAAGUGGGGAAAAAUUGAAGCUUCAAUGAUCUGAAUAGUUAUUAUCUAGUUGCAAUUAACUUCUUGGUGCUGGACACCACAUUGUUCCAUAAAAAUCCAUUGCUGGCAAUAGACAUCUCAGGAGCAACCAGUUUGAAUAAAUUAAAGAAAUACAAUCUUCUGACCCAGAAAGAGUUUAUUUUUAAGUAUCAUUCCGAUGGUAUCUCAUUGAUUUUAUUAGUAUCAUCAUUUGCAAUUGUUUGUCAAAAAACAUUCAACACUCCAGUUUUAGAAAUAGUCAAUUUUAAAGAUGUGAUUGAGAGGACAAAAAAAAAAAUAGGUCUCUGAUGAUUAAAAUUAUUUCUCCCAAUACUUGAUUUCUACCUAUAAAUGCAUCUCUUUUAAUGAUCUCCUCUGGUAUCUUAUUCUGACAUGGAGAUGACACUGAGUCUCCAAAGGGCAUGUUAGCAAAUCCUGGUUCUGGCCUACCAGGACAAAAAGAAAGGUUUAAAUCCUGAGAUUUAGAGGGAGUAAAAGGUCAGAGGCCAUCUAGUUCAAACACCUCAUCAUGCAUAUAAAAUAAUUUAAGCUCAAAGAAGUAGUAUCAGAGGUUUGAUAUGAGUCUGGGUCUUCUAGGUCUGGGGAUAGACUUUGUUUUUCACAGGACAAACCUAGUAAAAUGUAUAGUGGCUUAUCACUAUGUUGGGCAAAGGGAGGUGGAUUAUUUUAAGGGGUGGAUGAGUAUAGAAUGUCUCUAAAAUUUCAGCUGUUAAUUUUUACAUGUACUGGUGGAGCAGAGGGCUCACAGCUGUGGAAAUUUUUGAUCCUUAAAGAAUCUUCAAAAUUAUUCUAAAAUAGGUUAAUAGAUAAAAAGAUAAGAUUAUUUUCAUUUAAUUCAACACAUAUUUAUUAAAUACCCACAACUGCCAAGCACUAUGCCAGUCACUGGACAUACCAAAAUAAAAAUUUGAAAAAAAAGAAGUAACUCCAAUGCUAUUGGGCUUAAUUUAGGGACAUCUUUAUGUUAGCUUUCUAAUACCAGAAUCUAGGAUUCCUGUUCUGAUCAUGAGUAAGAUGCAAAAUAAGAAUUUGCCCUAAAAUCCUAGUAUGGAUCAGAAAGCAAAAGCAAUCUAAGAAUGGAAAAUAAUCUCUACCUGUUUGCCAUUCAUCUCCAUAAUGUAACAGAACAUUUAUUCUUUCUCAAAUAAUUAAAAGUCUUGAUUCUGUCAAAAUAUAGAAUUAAAUGGAACUAUCUUUUUUCAAAUGAAAUUUAAGUCUGUAAAAAUGUAUUUUAUUGACACAUAACUUUGUAUGUGCAGUUUCAUAUAUCUGUAUAAAACUAAGUUGGACAACAAACUAGACUUGAUUUAAUAGUUUUAGUAUUUUUUUCUAGGUUGUAAUUUAAUAAUCUUUAAGUGAAAUAUUUAUGAAAAAUGCCAAAGAUUCUAAACCUUA